GUCGCAGAUCAAGCACGCGAAACACGAGUCGUUCAGUCCUCGGCGAAAGGACACGAGGUUUCGCGGUGUCGACGUUAUUCCUAGAUAAGUGUUCUUGAAAUCCUGAUAACUAAAUUAAAAAAUAAAUCAAAAUAAAUUAUAACUUUCAUUUACUAAAUAAUUAUUUCAAAACUUUAACACGUGUUUAAAAACAAUCGAAACGUUCGUAAAGUAAAUUAAACUUGUAAUCGUACAUACAUAAUAAUGAAUCAAUGCUUUAAUAAUUCUAGUUUAUGAAAUAUAGAUUCAAAGAAAGAUGAUACGAUCAAUCGUCUAUGGAUAAGAUAAACUUCGCGAUACGGGAAAUUCGAUCGUGAAGAAGCAUUUCGAGAAGAACUCGAACGUGACUCGACUCGAAAGAACAAGAUCGGCAAACUUCAGGAUCGACAAACUUUCUUAGAUACACGGACAUGGCACGUCAUCAAGCCAAUGACGAGAAAUCAAUGUAUUCUCUUCGAUCUUUCCGCGAUAUCGCGUUCACUUGAUUAAACGAAGACAUGUGCAUAUUGUCGUGAAUUCGAACGAUCUAAAAUCUAAAAUACGCAUGAGAUCGAUUUUAAGUGCAAAUCAGUGAAACCGUUCUCUGCCAUUAUUACAAUAAAAAAUUUAUUAAAUGAAAUUUAUCCGCCAUCCAUUUAUCGAUAACGUUGAUAUUUUAUGAAUAAAUUGAAAAAAUUUCGUUCAUAGAAAACUUUUAAAACAUUAAUCGUGAUGUGUCUACAAAUUAUCCAUUGAUUUAUUCGAAAAACUUUUGGAUUUAGAUAUUCAACGAUCAGUUUCUAUCAAUAAAUCGAUUUUUCGUAUUAUUAGAGUGAAGUUGGAGAGAGUUCGAUUGAUGGAACGACCAGAGGAUUUAGUGUCGAGAAAAAUGUGCAGAAUGUGGUCAGUUUUCAACGUAUAAAUUGUCUACCAGUUAAAACACGAAGAUCGAGAGCAAAAUGUCGGUCGAAGUGAAGGGGGGUCGACCAACAAUGCCAACAAUUCCACAAUCCAAGAGACCAACGAUUUUUGUUUAUCCCACAGUAACUCCAGAGAGCAUUAUCAUCCCGAUAGUAUCAUGCAUACUCGGAUUUCCAUUACUGGCCCUUAUGGUCAUCUGUUGCUUAAGAAGAAGAGCAAAGUUAGCGAGAGAACGUGCACGAAGAAGAAAUUGUGAUCUAGAUCAUGGAGCCCUUAGUCUCGUUCGUUUUAGCCCUGUUCACCGUUUAGCAUCUAAAGAGGAUUUAGCUGGAAUUGAUCGUCCAACAAGAGCAGUUUCGUUACGAAGUGAUCGAGGAUCUAGAGCUUUCCCAUCAUUAGAACUAGACACGGUGGUCGAAGAACGAUCGGAUCCUGAACAAAGUACUGCAUUGGAACUGAGUAGUCCGGAUUAGCAUUCAGUUUUGGUACCGCCUAGGUCUCCUCGACCAUCGAAAUCGGUACCAGUACCAGUAGACCAUAGCCCUUUAUGGACAGCAUUAACACACGCUAACGCUGUAUCUUCAGCUCUUGGAGAUACCUAGCAGGAAGUUGAAGAGGGCGGUUACAUCGAAGCUCUCGUUCUUGAUUUACCUAUAAUCUACUAAAAAACUUAUAAUAAAAUAAACAUUUUGUGAAAUUAGCAAAAAGUAUGAGAUUGAUCUCAUUUAAUUUCAAAAAACUGAGAAAUUAUAAAAUUUAUCAUAAAAAGUGCCGCAAUAUUAAAUAAUAUUAAGUAUAAAGAGACAAUUAUAUAAUAGAAAUCUUAUCUUUACAAAGAAAUUUUGCACACAUACUUAUUCAAAAUUAAUGAGUAAAUUUUAUACUGAUAAAUUGUGCAACAUUCUAUUGACAGAUCGCUUUUUACAUCAUGAAAAAUUCCUAAUAAUGUACACUGUGUUAUAUUAGUGUAAAUAA